GUGCGUCUACAACCGAUGACGUCAAUAAUCUGCGACAAUGACAACCAAAACAAAGAGCGCCUUUCGCUGCAUGUACUGUGUUUGAACUCGGAGAGCAGCACUGUCACGAUAGUUCGGUACUGUCUGGACAGAAUGCAGCAGCCUCAAGUGCGACAGCUUUUAGGAAAUGCCCGUUAUGACCAGUGUCCAAUAGAAAACCCCCAGCAGCUGAGGCCGAGUGAGUCUGGAGAUAGAAACCCGUUCAGCUUCACCCCGCAGCUCAUCCACCUGCACAAGGACCACGAGAUGUUUGAGGACGGGGACAUUCACAGACACAUGUAUCUACAAGACCUCUACACCUCCGAUAAAGACGAUAAACCAGCACUCAGCGUGGCAGAGUUUGCCUGUCACAUCUCUGGCUGCAGCGCAGUGUUCAGUUCGUUGGAAGAGUAUGAACAUCACUACAACUCCCUGCACAGACAUGUGUGUUCCUCCUGUCGCCGUUCGCUGCCGAGUGCCCGGCUCCUGGACAUUCACAUUCAGGAGUGGCACGAUUCUCUCUUCACAAUCCUUGCCCAGAAUCAAGACAUGUACCAGUGUUUGGUGGAAGGCUGUGGACAAAAGUUCAGGACUAGUAAAGACAGAAAAGCGCAUCUAAUAGGAAUUCAUAAAUAUCCCCCGGACUUCAGAUUUGACAAAAGCAGGAAGGACAAAGGCGGACGAGAGACAAAGAAGCAACUGCAUAAAGAUGCAGCUAUGGAGGUAGUUCCUGAUGUGUGUAAGUCUGAGGGUGUGUGUGAAGUUUUGUGUGAGGUGCUUACCGACCAGCCUGAGAAAGAGGAAUCCAUGGAGAUGCAUGUGUCAGAGGAAGACGUCGCUCACAUGGGACAAUGUGCCUCUGCUGGGGAGCCUGCAGAUGUUAGUGCUGCAGCGCACGGGUGCACAGGCAUGGAGCCACAAAAACCACGAUACUCCUACAGAGUUCCUACAACGGUUUGCUUUGGUCACGGUUCUGUCCGAGGCUUCAGAGGACGCCGUGGACGAAGGAAAUGAAACCCUCAAAUGAGCUUUCUGCGUGUUGUUUUUAAAGAGCUAUAUUUCAAGACCCUUUUUGUAAUUAAAUAUAUUAACUGUCUUGUGUCAUUGACAUAAAAUAAAUUUUAUUGUGCAAAAACA